AUGGCUUCUUCCACUUUCGUCUCUCUACCAAAACCCUUCUUCGCUUUUCCGGUUAAAACCAAUGCUCCUGCUCUAACUAACCUUAACCUUCUCGGAAGCCGAAGAGGUUGUCUCAGAGUCAAAGCGGUUUCUACGAAAUGGGAACCGGCAAAGGUUGUUCCUCAAGCAGACAGGGUUCUUGUUCGUCUUGAAGAGCUUGCUCAGACAACAUCAGGUGGAGUGUUGUUGCCUAAAGCAGCUGUUAAGUUUGAGAGGUACCUAACCGGAGAGAUUGUCUCUGUUGGUUCUGAGGUUGGACAACAAGUUGGCCCUGGAAAGAAGGUCCUCUUUUCUGACGUGAGCGCAUAUGAGGUUGAUUUGGGGACUGGUGCUAGGCAUUGCUUUUGUAAAGAGAGCGACUUGUUGGCCCUCGUGGAGUGA